CGGCGGACGCGGUAGCAGGACCCCGGACAGCCGCUGCAGCUCGGAUCCCCAUGGUGCGGGGCCGCGGCCAGGCCGCAGGAAGAGCCCGAGGCUCGGGCCGCCCCGGCUGACUGUGCGGGCCCGCGCGGCUCGGAGCGCCGCUCCCGUCGAGCCCCUCCGGGGUGCGGGCCGGCCCGCCAUGGGGUCGCUGUUCCGGAGCGAGACCAUGUGCCUGGCGCAGCUCUUCCUGCAGUCGGGCACAGCCUACGAGUGCCUCAGCGCCCUGGGCGAGAAGGGCCUGGUCCAGUUCCGAGACGUGAAUAAAUACGUAACCCAGAAAAUGUUUGCUGUAAGGAAAAUAAAACGGUGUGAGACACUUCUCAGGUUGAGCAUUUAUUUGGUGCAGGAAAUUAACAGAGCUGAUAUUCCCCUUCCUGAGGGAGAGACCAGUCCUCCUGCACCAGCUCUUAAACAGGUUCUAGAAAUGCAGGAGCAGUUACAGAAGCUUGAGGUUGAACUGAGGGAAGUCACCAAGAACAAGGAGAAACUGAGGAAGAACUUGCUGGAGCUGAUCGAGUAUACGCACAUGCUGAGAGUGACAAAAACCUUCGUGAAGCGCAACGUCGAGUUUGAACCCACUUACGAAGAAUUCCCUCCCUUAGAGAAUGAUUCUUUGUUGGACUACAGCUGUAUGCAGAGGCUGGGAGCAAAACUGGGAUUUGUGUCUGGCUUAAUUCACCAAGGAAAAGUUGAAGCAUUUGAAAAAAUGCUGUGGAGAGUCUGCAAAGGGUACACCAUUGUGACCUACGCAGAACUGGAUGAAUCCCUCGAAGACCCUGAAACAGGAGAAGUCAUAAAAUGGUAUGUGUUUUUAAUAUCCUUUUGGGGAGAACAGAUUGGCCACAAGGUUAAGAAGAUAUGUGAUUGUUACCACUGCCACGUGUACCCCUAUCCACACACUGCCGAGGAGCGGGAGGAGAUCCAAGAGGGGCUGAACACUCGGAUCCAAGAUCUGUAUACUGUGCUCCACAAGACCGAGGACUAUUUACGGCAAGUGCUGUGUAAAGCCGCCGAGUCGGUCUACACCCGCGUCAUCCAGGUGAAGAAGAUGAAGGCCAUCUACCACAUGCUGAACAUGUGCAGCAUCGACGUGACUAACAAGUGCCUCAUCGCCGAGGUCUGGUGUCCCGAGGCGGAUCUGCAUGAGCUGCGCCGGGCGCUGGAGGAGGGCUCGAGAGAGAGUGGUGCUACAAUCCCCUCAUUUAUGAAUGUAAUCCCAACGAAAGAAACACCCCCGACUCUGAUCCGCACCAACAAGUUCACCGAGGGCUUUCAGAACAUCGUGGAUGCCUAUGGCGUCGGGAGCUACAGGGAAGUGAAUCCAGCUCUUUUCACCAUCAUCACGUUCCCCUUUCUGUUCGCUGUGAUGUUUGGAGACUUCGGACAUGGCUUUGUGAUGUUCUUAUUUGCCCUCCUGUUGGUGUUGAAUGAAAACCACCCCAGACUAAACCAGUCUCAGGAGAUCAUGAGAAUGUUUUUUAACGGGCGCUACAUCCUGCUGCUCAUGGGGCUGUUCUCCAUGUACACCGGCCUCAUCUACAACGACUGCUUCUCCAAGUCCGUGAACCUGUUCGGCUCCGGUUGGAACGUGUCUGCCAUGUUCAGCUCCAGCCACACCGCAGCAGAGCACAAGAAGAUGGUGCUUUGGAACGACAGCACCGUGAGGCACAGCAAGGUUUUGCAGUUGGAUCCGAGUGUCCCUGGGGUGUUCCGAGGCCCUUAUCCUCUUGGCAUUGAUCCUAUUUGGAACUUGGCCACAAAUCGCCUCACUUUUCUAAACUCUUUCAAAAUGAAAAUGUCUGUGAUCUUAGGAAUUAUUCACAUGACUUUUGGAGUCAUUCUGGGAAUAUUUAACCACUUGCAUUUCCGGAAGAAGUUCAAUAUUUACUUGGUUUCCAUCCCAGAACUUCUCUUCAUGCUCUGCAUCUUUGGAUACCUCAUAUUUAUGAUUCUCUAUAAGUGGCUGGUGUUUUCAGCAGAAACCUCCAGAGUUGCUCCUAGCAUUCUGAUUGAAUUUAUUAAUAUGUUUUUAUUCCCAGCCAGUGAAACAAACGGGCUUUACACAGGGCAGGAGCACGUCCAGAGAGUGUUGCUGGCCGUCACAGCAUUGUCUGUGCCUGUCCUCUUCUUGGGAAAGCCACUCUUUCUGUUAUGGCUGCACAACGGGCGCAGUUGCUUUGGGGUAAGCCGGAGUGGCUACACACUUGUAAGGAAAGAUAGUGAGGAAGAAGUUUCUUUGCUGGGAAACCAAGAUAUAGAAGAGGGACAUAACCAAAUGGAAGAUGGAUGUAGAGAAAUGACAUGUGAAGAGUUCAAUUUUGGAGAAAUCCUCAUGACCCAAGUCAUUCACUCCAUCGAGUACUGUCUCGGCUGCAUCUCCAACACCGCGUCCUACCUGCGGCUCUGGGCGCUCAGUCUGGCGCACGCACAGCUAUCCGACGUGCUGUGGGCCAUGCUGAUGCGCGUGGGCCUUCGCGUGGACACCACGUACGGGGUCUUGCUGCUGCUCCCGGUGAUCGCUCUCUUCGCAGUGUUGACAGUUUUCAUCCUUUUGGUCAUGGAAGGGCUUUCUGCGUUUCUCCACGCCAUACGCCUCCAUUGGGUAGAAUUUCAGAACAAAUUCUACGUUGGUGCAGGCACCAAAUUUGUUCCUUUCUCAUUCAGUCUACUUUCGUCGAAGUUCAAUAAGGACGACAGUGUGGUGUGAUCACCCUGCCGUAACCCAACGCUUUCAAGUUCGUGGAGAAGUAUCAUGUCAUAGAAUUUCACUCCCGUCAAACUGGCGAUAGGAAAAAUUCCGUCUUCAUUGAUUGCCUUAUGACACAGCCAAAUAAUUCUGUAAGAUAUGCCUCUUCCUCCUCUGUUAAAUAUUUUGUAUAGUUUGCCAAUUUCAGGUAUAUAAAUUUCUUUUGGUUUUUAUGAUGAGCAAAUAUAAGUUAAUGCCAA